AUGCUUUUAUUAAAAUAUAACUCAUUACCCUCUGACGAGUUAAUAACAUGCGAAAGUACAAUGUUGAAAUUUUUGGACAAUAAAUUGUCUUUUGACACUGGAAUGUACUUUAAUGUAUGGCGUUGGUCAAUACCAGAAUUGUAUGGUAUAUUGUUGGGUAUGAUGGUGAGAUUGGAUUUGAGUGGUUGUUUACAAAUACAAGAGUCUGAAAUGUUGGAUUUUAUUAUUGAUGUUGAAAAGGGUUACUUUACCACCGACUAUCAUUCAUUCUAUCAUGCAGUGGAUGUUGUGGCUGUGUUAUACUACAUGUUGAAUGAUUUAGGUGCUGCAAAAUAUUUGACUUCCUUGGAUUCAAUUUGUUUGAUGAUAGCUGGUUUGUGUCAUGAUGUAGGUCAUCCUGGUUUAAAUAAUGUUUACCAGGUUAAUGCAAGAACACCUUUGGCACUCAAAUAUAAAAACGAAUCUGUAUUAGAAAACUAUUCUUGCACAUUGACAAUGGAAUUAUUGUCAAAACAUAAAUUAUUUCAAAUGGAUAAUAAUAGUAGUAGCAGCGGCAUUGACAGCAGAUGUUGUUAUUCGUCGAGUUCCUCCACUUUCACCUCACCCGAAUCUUCUCCAACAUCUACUACAUCGCCUUCAAGACUAUUUCCAACAACACCAACACUGUUGGAUAAAGAUCGACGUUUGAUUUUAUUAAAGGUUUUACUUCAUGCUGCUGAUCUGAGCAAUACUGUACGUCCAUGGGAAAUAUCUAAAUGUUGGUCUGAUUGUGUUGUUGAGGAAUUUUUUAAACAAGGUGACUUGGAAAAACUAAAAAAUCUGCCUGUAUCUCCAAAUAUGGACAGAGAACAAACUCAUCAGUCACAAAUAAGCCUCGGUUUUGGUGAUUAUGUUGUAAAACCAUAUUUCGAAGCAUUUGCUUUAUUCCUAAAUCAAGCUAAAAUUUUUCUAGACACUUUGGCAGAAAAUCGUGUCUGUUGGGAUGAAAUGAAUAAUAACCAAAACAAGGCCAAUUAUGUCGAUAAUGUUAAUGAGAAUGAUCCACAAUUAAGUCCCUCUUCAAAAUCAUCACCGCCAUCAUCAGCAUCAGAUUUAAAAACAAAAUCGCCAAUAUCGUCAACAAAACCAUUAUCUGACAUCUCCAUUACUCCUAAUAAAAUUCCAACAAUUGGAAAUAUGAGACGUACCUUGUCUGGUAGAUCUUAUAGUAGUAAUGCGUUAUUAAUGUCAACAUCGACGCCUUCAUCAUUAUCGUCUAACAUUACUGGUAGUAUUAGUAAUAUGAAUAAUACCGGUUGUGUUAACGAUUAUGGUUGUUGUGAUCUUGACGAUGAUCUUGUUGAUAAAAGCAAAAAAUCUAAUAGAAUAAAACAACUUAGGCAUACGAACAGAACUCAAGCACAAAUAAUUGGUCCUGUGGAAGAAGAUCCAGAGUAUGAACUUAUAGUUCAAGCUAAUAAUAUAACCGUUGAUAUUGAUAAUGAAAUAUUAGUCGUACAUAAGUUUAUAAGAGAUCAUUAUGCAAAAAAAUUUCCCGAAUUGGAAUCAUUAGUUCUUAAUCCUUAUGAUUACACUAGAGCAGUUAAAGCUAUUGGAAAUGAAAUGGAUUUGACUAAAAUAGAUCUGAGAUCGAUUCUUCCAUCUGCUACUGUCAUGGUAGUAACUGUUACCGGAUCAACAACUAAUGGUCAACAAUUAACAGAAGAAGAGAAUACAAUCGUGAGUGAUGCAUGUGAUAUGGUAUUGGAAUUGGAUUCUGCUAAACGAGAGAUAUUAGAAUAUGUUGAUUCUCGUAUGACACUUAUUGCUCCCAAUCUAUCAGCGAUUGUUGGAAGCACGACUGCAGCCAAAAUAUUAGGACAAGCUGGUGGAUUAACGGCUCUUUGUAAAAUGCCGGCUUGUAAUGUAAUGCUUAUUGGUACACAAAAAAAGUUGAACACCGGAUUUUCAAAUGUGACAGCACCUAGACAUACGGGAUAUUUAUACCAAUCAGAAUUGAUUCAGAGAACGCCGACUGAUUUAAGAACUAAAGCUCAAAAGAUUGUUGCUGCAAAAUGUACUUUGGCAGCAAGAAUGGACCGAAUGCAUGAAUCAUCAGAUGAAUUAGCAUUAAUAUUAGAACGUUCCCAAAAUUCUAAAUUAUUAACAGAAUUAGAUUAUUUGAAAUCUAAACAAGUUCCAAAAUUAGAAUUACAAAUUCAAGAACUUACUGCUAAAAUUGGUUCAAUUCAAGUUGAAAAGGAUAAUCUGUUCAAAGAGACUAAAGAGAAAUAUGAUGAAGCAAUGAAAAAACUAUCUGAAGAAUUCGAGAAAAGAUUAAAAUAUGAGCAAGAUUUAAGGCUAUUCAAAGAACAGCAACAAGAUGGUAAUAAAAAAAGAAUUAAAUUUGAUACAAUUAGAAGAAAUAAUAUUUCACAGACUUCAUUUAAAUCAAUCGCCCAAGCUCAAGUACCAGAACAAGUAUUGAUGUUGAAUUUAUCCGUCAAGUAUUUAGAAAGUCAAGUCAACACAUUACAAUCUCAAUUAAAUAUUGCUACUAGGAAUAGAGAUGAAUUGGCAAAUGAAUUGGUAAAAUUGACUGUUCAAUUAGAAGAAAUGACAAUUAAAAAAAUGUUGGGAGAGAAAACAGAAAAGGUAGAAGAGCUGCAAGAUAUUAUUGAUGAUAUGAGAGAUGUUUAUAAAAAUCAAAUCACAGAAUUAGCAUCCGAAGUAGAAAAAUAUACAAAUAAAUCAAAUGAACAGAUUAAUAAUUAA